UAUAUACGGAUCUCUCCGCGCGAUGGACGAGGACGCGGAUCGACUGAGUAAAUAUAACGCGAAGCAUUCGCUGAAAACGGCGCCGAAAUUAAAUGUGCUGGAAUGUCGCGUUUGCGAGGAGGUUUUCACGGUGGACGGUAUGAAGGUGCCGCGUCUGUUGCACUGCGGACACACGGUGUGCCACUCGUGCCUGCUGCGACUGAGGACUUGCAUGUCGGAGCAGCAGUUUCUGCUCUGCCCGUUCGACCGGCAGCCCACCGCCGUUCACGAGAACAGCGUAUACAGCCUGAAGAAGAACUUCGCGCUCAUCGAGCUGCUCGAACGGCUGGAGCAGUCCAACAGCCAGAAGACGCUGGUGCUGGAGCGCGAGAAGCUGCAGUCGAAUCUGUCGUGCGACGAGGACGAGGCGCACACCGCGGUUCUCUACUGCACCGUCUGCGCCACGCACCUUUGCGAGGCCUGCGACACCGCCACGCACUCGUCCAAGACCCUGGGCAAGCACAGACGGGUGCCGCUGUCGGAGAAGCCGCGCGAGAAGCCGCGCUGUCCGAUACACACGGCGCACGUGGCCGAGUUCACGUGCACCCAGGAGGGCUGUCACAACUCCCUGAUGUGCUACUUGUGUAAGGAGUACGGCAAACACAGUACGCACAAGCCCGCAUUGGUCGAAGAGGAAGCCGAAAAUAUCAGGAAAUCCAUUAUCGCGGCGUUACAAAAGAUGACGCAGUUUAUGGAAAGCAUGAGAGAUACCGCACACAAGAUAGAAAUAGUAAUCGGAGAAUUGGAAGGCUGGGCGAUCGAAGACGCGAGGAGGAGGGUGCGAUAUCACUUUGAGGAAUUGCGCGCCGUUCUGGCUGAGCAGGAGAAGACGGCGAUGGCGUACAUCGAGACGGAGACGCGCGGUAAACUUUGCGCGCUGCGGCAGCAGCAGAAGGAUCUCACGGCCACGAGGUCACAGGUGGCCGCUGUGUGCAUUCAGUGUGAAAGCAUACUCGACUCCGAGGACUGGAAGCUGUUAAACAGCUCGGAAAAAGUCAAGGAGGUGCUGGCGACGUUGGAGCAGCAGCAGCAACAUUACGCGCAAUUAGGACCGGAUUUUCUCAGUCCCGAGUCCUCCAUUCCCAUUAUAAUUAGCAGGGACAACAAGAUACACAUUGGAACGAAGAUCGAUAUGCGCGUGGUGAUCCUGGGACUGGACGGGGCGGGAAAAACGAGCAUUUUGUCGGCCAUGCGUGGCGUCACGCUGCCGAGCCCGCCGAUCACCACCAUCGGCUUCAACGUCGAGAGCCUGGAGUACAUGAAUCUCGUGUUUACCCUCUGGGACGUUAGCGGUCAGCAGAAGUUUCGACCGUUGUGGAAGCACUACUACCACAACACGCAGGCCAUUAUCUUCGUGAUCGACGCCAGCGACAGGUCUCGCUUCGAAGAGGCGCGGAAAGAGCUGUCGAAGAUACUUUUCGACCGAGAACUGAAGGACGCUCUUCUUUUGAUCUACGCCAAUAAACAGGACGUUUCCGGCUGUGCGAGUGUGGAGGAGCUGGUCGAUAUAUUCGGCUUGCAUAAACUUUGUUGCGCGAGAAUAUGGCACAUUCAGGGCUCGUCGUUGGUGACCAAUGCCAGCGGUACGUUGCAGGGUCUCGACUGGCUCUCGACCCAGUGCGUGUAGAGUUUUUUCUCUCUUUCUUUCGUAAAAUUAUUUGUUACUAUUUAAUUUAUGGAAAAAGCCGAGAGGAUCUAAUUAAUAUGUUACACGUUAAUUAAUGUGAUUUCCACGCAAUGAGACAGUACGAAGCAGACUGAAGUUAGAUAGGUAGAUAGAAAUCACGCAAGAUAUAAGUAUUUGUUACGUAUCGAUGUUGAAAAUGAUGAUUUGUUUUUUCAACUAUUCUCGUAAAACAAGUUCUUAUCGAGUGUCACAUGUGUAGAGAACAUCGAGACAUAGAUUACAUCGAGAGGCAGCAAUGUCUCAACCAUUUCGUCGACGUCGACCAUACUUUAAUAUUAAUCAUCUUUCUGUUAUUUAUGAUGUAAAUCUUUUACUUUGGUCGCUCUAUGAGCGCGAAUAUCAACGUGAAUCAGACGGAAUCUAAUAUAUAGCGCGUCAAUCCACGAGAUAAAUCUACAAUAUAUAUAUAUAUUCUAGUUAAGUCACGCUGUAUACCAAAAUAAAGAAAUAAUAAUUUAUAAGUCACGAAAUAGUCACGAUUCGGAGAAAAAUUAUGUCAGUUUAUUUUCCGAUAUAAAAAUGCGAGUUGUACAAGAUUAACCAUACUCGAACAUGAUACAAUAAAAUAGCGUGUAUGUAUAUGCAUGUACAUAUACAAUGGUAAUUGGAAGCAAUUUGCGCAAAAUCGAUUCGUACACAUUACUAUAAACGAUGAAGAUGGAGAUCAGCAACAGGACUGUGGGGAGGUUUUUUUUUUCGCGCGAGUUUCGAUCGAGAGGCGAGCGCUUUAGUGUGACUCCACGAAAAUAAACGCCUGAGCACAUCUAGAAAA